CUCACAUUUGACAACUCUAGAGCUUCCUUCAAGAUGCUGGUGGUCCUACUAACGCUGGUUGUGCUGGUUCUGAGCUCAGCUCAGAAAUCAAAUCGAGAAUUUGUGGUUUCCAGCCAAAGAGAGAGACUACCCUCUUACCAGCAAGUCCUUGUUCCUUGGAAGAAACAGGAAUAUCAAUCUCAGCAGGAUCAAUGGUCCCAACAAAGAAUUCAGCAGUCACAGCAGGAGAGGCAAUAUCUGAAGGAGAGAAAGCAGAAGGCAGAGAAGCUACUAGCACAGAGGCCACAGCAGGUACCACUAGAGCAGUAA